CCCCCCUCCCCCCUCUCCUCCUGCAGCCUGUUUGCGGUGCGCUGUGCCGGCUGUGCGGAGGCCGUCUCCCCGGUGGACCUGGUGAUGCGGGCGGGGCUGGCCGUGUUCCACCUGCGCUGCUUCGCCUGCAGCGCCUGCUCCGGCCGCCUGCAGACCGGCGACCGCUGCGUGCUCCGGGACGGGCGGCUGCUGUGCUCCCAGGACGGGUACCACCGGGGCCGGGCCAGCCUCGCCCGCUCUGACACAGAUAAGAGUGAUGAGGAGGAGGAGGUGGAGGAGGAGGAAGAGGAGGAAGAGGAGGAGGAGGAGGAGAAGAAGUUGGUGGAGAAGGUGGCUGGCCGGCCCAGCAGGAGAGAGGAGCUGGAGAGCAGCAAGCGUCCCAAGAGGCCCCGUACCAUCCUCACCACGCAGCAGAGACGGGCCUUCAAGGCCUCCUUCGAGGUGUCUUCGAAGCCCUGCAGAAAGGUGAGGGAGACCUUGGCUUCCGAGACAGGACUCAGCGUUCGGGUCGUUCAAGUCUGGUUCCAGAACCAGAGAGCCAAGAUGAAGAAGCUGGCCCGGAGGCAGCAGCAGCAGCAAGACCAGCAGGCUCAGAAGCAGCAAGUGGACCAAUCCUCACAUGGUACCGACACCAUCAUGUCCCUGAAAGUGCCCCCCUGUGGUGACUCGACCCCCAUCCAGGACCCGCUGGGGCCCUCCUCCUUCCACCACUACCACCAACCCCAUCAUCACCAUCCUCAAUCUCAUCCUCAUCAUCAUCAUCAUCAUCUUCACCCCCAUCAUCUUCAUCAUCAUCCUCAUCAGGAGCAGCCCCUAGGACUCACCGGGCUGGACCCCCAUGGCUUCGACCUGGACCCCUUCAGGCAGGGUCUCACCCCGCCCCAGAUGCCUGGCGACCACAUGAACCCUUAUGGUCUGUACAGUGACGCGACGGAGGGGGACCUCCUGUGUCCGCUGACCGACAACCACUGCCUCUCCCUGGGGGCCUCCUCCGUCCUCACCCCCAUCGACCGCCUCUGCUCCAUGCAGGACUCCUACUUCACCUCCUGAGAGCCACAGCGACGUCCACGUGGCUCGGCCGCCCCUAGCAGAGGCUGCUGGCCUGCUCCUCUGUGGGACCAUAAGGACCUCUGUUGGACCAUAGUUUACCACCGAGGGAUGGUAAACUAUACAAUGACCUCACCCUCGCCCCUCAUUGGACCAUGGGACAGAAAGGAUUGUAGAUCGGCAAUGGUUGCAACGAGGGAAUUCACGGGUGGACUGGUUAAGCACAUCUGCAAUUGCAUGAUUGUAUUCAGAACCCCCCCGCCCCCCAACGGACAAUGCAGACCUCAAAAUUGAUGUUUUUUGUUGCAAAUGCAUGGUGAUUCCAGACGAAAUAUCCACAACGCUUGAGAGUCAAAUCCUGCAAUUCUAUAAAUUGUACUUAUAGCUUGUAUAAAUAUUGGUGUGCUCUUGUUCAUUUUUAUUUAUUUUAUUUCUGUUUGUGUGUGUGUGUGUGUGUGUGUGUGUGUGUGUGUUAGUGUGUGUGUGUGUGUGUGUGUAUGUGUGUGAUGUUCUGCAUUAUGUGAAUUCACACUCAAUAAAUCAAGGCUGUACUAUAUAAACAUGCAGCUUAAUGGUGACAUGA